CAUGUCAACUUCUGUUACCUAGAUAAUGUGUACCGAGGCAUUUUAUUGAGAAAAACAUUUUAUUCUAACCAUUUUCUCAACAUUAUUUUUGUGUUAUUUUUGUUUAUAAGCACAUUUAUGUAGAGCUACGUGAUACUUUAUAUAUAUUUAUUCUAUUGCUAAUAUCUUACUAAAAGUUAUAGCAAUGGAUCUAGAAGACAAUGCACUGGGUUUGACCCAAGAACAAACUGAUAAAAUUCUACAGUUUCAAGAUUUAACAGGAAUCGAGGAUAUGUCAAUAUGCAGAGAUGUUUUGCAAAGACAUCAAUGGGACUUAGAGGUAGCAAUACAAGAACAACUUAAUAUACGAGAAGGUCGACCUUCUGUAUUUGCGACGGAAGCAAGGGCGCCUCCAGUCGUACAUGACCACAUAGCUCAGCAAGUAUUUACAGAUGAGACUCCAGAAGGUCCCAUCGGAGUGAGAGGACUACUCCGCUAUGUUGUCAACUUAGUUGUAUCAAUGUGUUAUAGUACAAUAUCCUCUGUAUUGAACUUGCUUUUAAGUUUUGUGAGAAAUGAUGAAAGAAGAUUGGUAACAGACCCACUCGGAGAUGUGAUGACUUUCAUAAACACCUAUACAUCAAGAUAUAACCCACACCCUGUGUUCUAUCAGGGCACAUAUGCACAAGCACUAAACGAUGCUAAAAAUGAAUUGAGAUUUCUUAUUGUGUACCUCCACUCAGAAUCAGCUACAGAGACACAAAACUUUUGCAGGACAACACUAUCAGAUCCAGAAGUGAUCCAAUACAUAAAUACUCAUGGUCUCUUUUGGGGAUGUUCUAUUGAUACAUCGGAAGGGUGGCGGGUGGCACAAUCGGUGGGAGGUCGAAGAUACCCACUGCUGUGUGUGGUGUGCGUGCGCGAACAUCGCAUGACAGUGGUAGCACGGAGUGAGGGUGCCUGCGCACCGCAGCAGUUGUUAGUGAGACUGCAGAGGGUGGUCACAGAGAAUGAACCUCAUCUCGCCGCUGCUCGGGCUGACAGAGUGGAGCGCGAGGUGACGGCGCGACUGCGCGCGGCGCAGGACGAGGCGUACGCGGAGUCGCUCGCCGCCGACCAGGAGAAGGAGCGGCGCCGCGCCGCCGACCGCGCCGCGCGCGACCAGCUGCAGCGCGACACGCUGCACCGCCAGCUGCAGGAGGAGCAGCGCCGCCUGCAGGUAAUAGCAGCUCGUGAAGAAAUGGCAGCCAAUUUGCCAGUGGAACCGUUGCCUGGUGCUGAUGUCGUUGUGUUACUCAUACGACUCCCUGGAGGAGAAAGACUCACUCGGCGUUUUCUUUUCUCUCAUACCACACAGGAUUUGUACGAUUUCGUGUUCAGUAACUCACAAGCUCCAGAAGAAUUUGAAAUCACGACCAAUUUUCCAAAACGUGUCAUAACUCGAGGAACAUCAAACUUAAAAGACGUCGGUCUCAAAGACCGCGAUGUGCUUUUUGUCAAUGAUAUUAACGCAUAGACAUUUUAAUUAAUAUGCUAUCGGUAUCUAAUUUACAGAAAUGUUAAUGAGUCGUAGACAACAUAAAUAUGAAGUCAUCAUAAAUUAAUGUCUGUUUAUGAAAAUAUGUUGUAUAAGUUACUUAUAAGUCUGUAUAGUGUAAGUUGAUUCAUUAAAGAAUACUGAUGGAUUGAGAUGCGAUUACAAAAUUAGUUGUUUAUUAAAAUCUUAUUCAUAUUAGGAGCGUAAAAGUCUAUUUCAUUUAUUUAUAUUUUAUGUUUUUCUUUCUACAAAUAACCAUUUAUGACAAAUUGUUAUAAACCUUACCAUCGAGUUAUUUCGGAUGUAAAAUGAAACUGAUUUUUAAAUAUGAUUUUAUCAAGGCGUCAUAAUGAAUGUUCCACAAAUACCAAAAUUAUAUUGAUUAUAUCGAAGGCAAUCGAACCGUUUUAAAAAUUUUAAGAAAAUAUAUUUUGGUAUGAUGAAAAUAUUUAUCGUAGGGACAUUGUUUGGAAAAUAUUAUCUGUCUCUCUAGUUAUCGCUUUACGCGUAGGUUUAUGGUUUUUCUAACUAACUUUGCCCAGUGAGAGUUUUUAACACCAAAGCACUCGCAAAGGUAUCCCCGGUUACAAGCAGAUGCCGGUAAGAUAGCGUGUACACGAUUAUGAUUGGUUAGUGGGAAUUAAGGCGUGCAUAAUAUUGGAUAAUUAUAAAAAAGUCGACUGAAUGUACCAAUCGCAGGUCAAAACGAUACAACCCCUUACGCAUUUACCAAUCAAGUGCUUUUGAUUUUCUAUUAUUUUUACUUAAGAUUACCAAACAGAUAAAAAUAAUUAUGCCGUUUACUUAUGGUAAGAGAGCCGCCCGUUAUUGAAAUAUAAUUUAGAAGUCUUGGUAUAAAGGAUAAUUGUUAUUUAAAUAUAUAUUAAUAUUAAAAUCGUUUUUAAAUGGGCUUUCAACAUUCGAUCAUUAUAUUUCAUAUUAUGUUAGGAAAAAAAAUAUCGGACGAUUGUAAAAAUUGUAGUUAUGAAUUAUGAUUAAUGAUUAUUAUUAUAGUAAGUUUUUAACUAACUUGAGUUUUAGAUCUCCAGCAAAACAAGAUUGUUUUUGUAGCAUGUAAUUUUAGCUUAGUAACAAUCAAAGUCUAAAUUUCUUAAAAUUUCUGCAUAAGAGUAAAACAUGCAUAAUAAAUACUAGUUUUUUUAAGAUUUUAUUAAUGUUAUUAUUUAAAUAAAAAAUUGGGGUUAUUUAAAAAUGGUGUUCCAUUUUCAAAUACUUGUGAUAUGUUGGUUAUUACAUGAAAUAUUUUAAUUAAUGUUUGAGUUUUUUCUUGCGCAAAACGGUCCUUUUUAAGACGUUAUUGUCUUCAAAAGUAUACGAUAUAUAGCUUAUUUUUAUUAAGGAUGGGAUUUUUAUGUAUUGAAUGAUAAAUCCAAAAACAUUUUACAUCGACUGUCGAAUAAUUGUUAAUUUUUUUUGUAGAAAUACUAAAUUGUUCAUUCUUAAAUAGAACUUUAUCUUGCAAGAAUAAUGACAAGCUAUAGUUAUGUUUACAAGGAUAUGUUCUUAGUUAACUACACCAGUACUGAUAACAUUAUUUAGAAUUCAUAUAAGAGUGUCGAGAUUGCAUUAAGUUUAAUUUGGUUUAUAUUAAUAUUAUUUAAAAACCUUAUACAUAUCAACACUGAUUGUUUUUUUAUGUAUCAGAUCGUUAAAUUAAAUACAUAUAUAGAUUCAAUGGUGUGUAAUUAUUUAAAAAUAUAGUUUUGUUUUUAAUAUGUAUUCCGUAGCCUUUUGCGAGUUCUAAAUUUAAACUUAAUUUAUUCGGUUAAUUUUGGAUUUAUUUCAAUGAAACGUGUAUUUAGCAGAAUGAUAACGGUUUUGGGCACCUUGUUAAUUUUUUAAUAUAUUUCUCUGCAUUUUAAUUCGCUUUUGCUUAAAAAUCUUAAGUUUUUUUUAUUUGUGAUAUGUGGUGUGUAAUUCUGGUACCAAAGGUGCUGGAAGAUGACAAGCAUUUACUUUUGAUGGAUUGUGUAAAAUAUUAUGUUUUGUUGUAAUAUAAUGUUCCUUACGA